UGCUCAAGGAUCUCAGUCCACUCUUCUCACCAUGAAGAAUUUUGCUCUUCUUUUCCUAGUAGUGAUCUCUGGCAUGGGAGGAUUGGGACAGAAGCUGAAGCCAAAGAAAAGAAGCAAUGGUGAAGAAAUCAAUUUUCGGACUAAAACCAAAGAUGUCUGCACAAUGAGCAUGAGUGGGGAUGAGGAGAUGAAACUUAGAAUUGAAUGCAAAAGCCAAGGCAUGUCCUACUGGUGUGAAUUCACUGGCAAGCCAUCAGUCUGUCGUGCUUUCAGAAACAAUCCAAAGAUUUACUGGAAUCAGAUCGCCGUGGAACUUAGAAAGCUCCCGCACGCUUGCGAAUCCACACAAGUGUUGAAGACCACCAUGUGCCAAAAGGCUCCCACAGAGGCUCUCAUGAAGCAAAUAGCUGCUGGUAUGGAGCCAGAAGAUCUAGCAAACCAGGACAAAUCAGUCCAGAAAAUUUCCACUUCUAUGAGGGGAGCAGGGAAAAGCUCUGUUAAGAAAAUAGGAAAACCUCCAAUACUACCCCUUAUAAAACCAACCCAACGUGGUCAAGGGUCUGAAAAUGAAACGGAAGCAAUGAAACUGGCACGGGAACAUUGCUGGGAAUCCCUGCAUGGCUUCUGCUCCUACAUUAUUGGCAUCUUUAGAGGUUAAGGAUUUGCUACAGAGCAAAAUUUUUACAGCUGAAGAAGGGUCCUUGCUGUAGUUUAAUAAUCUAGAUGUAAGAAUUUUGGUUUAAAAAUGAG